AUGACUCCUGUUUGUUCCAGUCUCUUCAGGUCUGAUGCAGCGGUGAGUGAAAAAGCAAGUGAAGGCUGGCUCAAAGCCCAGAAGAUCACGAACAGUAUAACCUAUUACUAUACCACAAUCCCAGCCACGGAGGACCAGUCUUCAUGGUCUGCCAAAAAUGACCUGUCUCCUGGUGCACUCUCCCUUACUUCCUGCCCCUCAUCCUGCCUUCCUUGCGCAACUGCCUCUGGUUCUGACACUCCCCGGCCUUCCCCUCUCACCGUCCCCUCCACACCCUUGAUCACAGGUCUGCACUCCCCCACAUCUAUCUCACAACCCUCAGAUCCACCAUCCGCCUCUCCUUCGUCACCCCGCCGUCCGCUCGUCCUCCUCCUCCCCUGGCUCGGCGCUCAGCCAGGGGCGGUGGCCAAGUACCGCGACCUCUACAUGAAACAUGGCAUGGAUGUGCUGGUGGUGGAGAGCGGUGUCGUGCACUUCCUGUGGCCCCGUUGGGGACUGGAGUAUGCGUUGGAGGUGCUGAAGGUUCUGGAGGGGCCACCGUUCUCUGGGCGACCCGUGCUGGUCCACGCCUGUUCCAUCGGCGCCUACACCUUCAGCCAGAUGCUCAUCCACAUGGCCCAAGGCCCGGAGAAAUAUGCCGGCCUGGUCCAAAGGGUGGUAGGGAGCAUCUAUGACAGCGUUGUGAUCGGUACACUGGAUCAUAUGGCAACAGGUGUUGGCAAGACGCUGUUCCCGCGUCUGGAGACCGUCGUCAGAAACGCCGCCUUGUUUUACUUCGGGCUGUUCAAAACCCACACGGAGGACUACUACAACAACGGCAUCCACACGUUUCACAACUGCCCGCUCACCACGCCGGCGCUCUUCUUCUUCUGCGAAAACGACGCCCUUUGCGAUCCGGUUGCCAUGGAAGCUACUAUCGACCUCUGGCGGGAGAGGGGCGUGGCCGUGCGGAGCAGGAAGUGGAAGGAAUCGGUGCACGCGGCCCACAUGCGAUGUCACCGGGAUGACUAUCUGUCUACGCUGGAGGCCUUCCUGAAGUCUCUGCCCAGAGCCCCUCUCAGACAAGGAGAAAGAAAGAAAACUGCGAGGAGCCGGGAAUGA